AUGCAUGGGAACCGGAGACGGCGAGAACAUCUUCUGGACGAGUGGGGCUGGGUGCGCGAGCUCCAUCCUGCUACGAUUGAUCGCAAGGACUAUUCGGUUUUCCGCUUGAAGGCUUGGUGUUCUCAGCCGGAACUCAUCCCGACGACUUUGGACUUGGACAUUGUUGAGCCCCCGAUACAAGUUGAAGAUUUUCCGCCGGUGAAGCGUGCGUUAAGGAUGGCACUCACGGCCCGAUCUCCGGGGGCCGGCUGCCGCCCACCGCUGUGCCCACAUUCCUCGAGGGGUCCCGACCACCGGCCCGACGACGUCUCAGUCAUCGAUGGAGCGGGGCUCCUUGCUUCUCCAUCUCUGGAUGAAGCUCCAACCCAGCUCUCGGUCUUUGGCGGCAAUGAGCUCUUCGCACGAUCUUCUUCAUUGCCGACUCAGCGCCUCAGAUGCCUGUAUGCGUCUUGGCGGGCGGGGUCACUUCUCUGUGAAGACCUAUUCGGGAAGGCGGCGGCGGCGGCGCGGGGGGGGGCGGCGUGGCGCUGGCUCCGCUUCUGUAACCUCUCCGGCAAGCGUGGAAGCCUUGGCGGGGCGGGCGGCGUUGAUGUCUUUGGGCGUGACUCAAGACCGGACCUCUGCCUUUGGUCCCGGUGUGUUGAGGUCAUGGUUGAAACUCCGCUUCACGCCACACGCAGUCUCCCAACAACAAGGCCAUCCUUGAGUCUCCGUCGAGGCGCAGAUCAAGUCUCCCAAAUGGGUAAGGCCAUCCUUGAGUCUCCGUCGAGGCGCAGAUCAAGGUUCAUGAAGAAAAUCUCUAAACGGAUUGAAAAAAUCCUUCCUACUCCGCGCGCCCCGAAGCCAAGAGCCCGGUCUCACACGUUUGCUGCCCCACCACGAAGAAGUAGGAGAAUUGCGGGUGUUGGGCCAGAGUCACCAUCCGGAGCUGUUCCCACCAGGUACAGGAAAAGAGUUAUGACAGUCCUGAACGUCGUCAAUGAAAAUGAUGGUAUUCAUCAAGAUGUUCUGGAUGCUUAUGGCAAGUUGUUUGGUCAACCUCUCCCAGAAUCUCAUGUUCAGGCCUUAGCGGCUCUUUUUGGUUGGGCAACCCCGGAUGUGGGGGAAGGCGUCAUUCUUUCAAUGUUGGGCUCGGUUUUUUCUCAUUGGGUCGUUUUGCCGGCUGUUGGUGCAAGUGGAGGAAUCCUUCUGGCAUGGAGGCAGGAUCUUGGCCCGGCCACUGCCAGUCGUGUUGAUGAACACAGUAUUUCUGUGCAGUUCUCCCCUGCUGGCCUGCAACCUUGGUGGCUUACUUGUGUAUAUGGGCCUCAAGGUGAUGAGAGGAAAAUACUCUUUUUACAAGAAUUAAGAAAUGUGAGAUUUGCUUGUCAAGGACCCUGGUCUGUUCUUGGGGAUUUUAAUCUCAUCACAAAUGCUGAAGACAAAAACAAUGGGAUUCUUAAUAGAGCAAUGAUGGGCAGAUUUCGCCGUCUAAUCAAUGAAUUGGAGUUAAAAGAGCUGCCCUUGCAAGCCUCAGCUACACUUACUCUUGCUGAGUUGUGGCUGGCUCUUGGAUCAAGCCAUGCAAAGAAGGCACUGAGUCUGAUCUACCAGAGCCUUCCCAUGAUUCUUGGUCAUGGUGGACUUGAGCUACGCACUCGAGCUCACAUUGUUUUAGCCAAGUGCCAUUUAGCCGAUCCAAAAUUCUCAGUUCUCGAAGAUCCUGAAGCUGUUCUGGAUCCUCUGAACCAAGCCACUGAAGACCUGCAAGCAUUAGAGUAUCACGAGAUGGCAGCAGAGGCGUACUAUCUGAAGGCAAUGGCAUACAACCAUCUCGGCAAGCUUGACGAGAGGGAGGAAGCCGCGGCUCGUUUCAAGGAUCACGUCACUGCCCUUGAGAACCCGCAGAACGAAGAGGACUCGCUUGCGUACUGA